UUUAGAAAACGGUUCGCUGAAGCGAGUUGCGUGACUUGCGUCAUGACGCAGAGUGACGUGAUUAGCGUCAAUUUGAAUAAUCCAUGUAGAGGCAGCGCGAGACACGCAGUAGGAACAGAAUCGACCCGCACGGACCAGCAGCAGAACGAGUCGGCAUGAACAGUAUGAAGAGUCUGAUGAGAGGCGUCGGGAGACUGACGCCCACCCUGACCCGUGCAGUGCAUUCUGGGACGCGCACGUCCUCCUCCGCGGCCUCCAGAGCCAAAUUCGAGGAGCGUCAGCUGACGUCAGAGGAGGUGUUCACUCGCGAGGAACGCUACGGCGCUCAUAACUACCACCCGCUGCCCGUGGCCCUGGAGCGAGGAGAGGGGGUUCACGUGUGGGACGUGGAAGGGCGGCGCUACUUUGACUUCCUGAGCGCGUACAGCGCCGUGAACCAGGGUCACUGCCACCCGAAGAUCAUCGCCGCGCUGACGGCUCAGGCCUCCAGACUCACGCUCACGUCCAGGGCCUUCUACAACGACGUGCUGGGCACCUACGAACAAUACAUCACCAGCCUGUUCGGAUACGAUAAAGUGCUGCCCAUGAACACAGGUGUGGAGGGCGGAGAGACGGCCUGUAAACUGGCCCGUAAGUGGGCGUACACUGUCAAGGGCGUCCCGAAAUAUGAGGCAAAGAUUGUUUUCGCGAUGGGGAAUUUCUGGGGUCGUACGAUGGCGGCCAUCUCCAGCUCGACUGACCCCAGCAGUUACGACGGUUUCGGUCCGUUCAUGCCUGGAUUCGAGCUGGUCCCGUAUAAUGAUGUCGCUGCACUAGAGAAAGCGCUGCAGGAUCCAAACGUGGCUGCGUUCAUGGUGGAGCCCAUCCAGGGUGAAGCGGGUGUCGUCGUCCCUGAUGCUGGUUACCUCACUAAAGUCCGGGAGCUGUGCACUAAACACAAUGUUCUGUUCAUUGCUGAUGAGGUUCAGACCGGUCUGGCCCGUACUGGGCGGCGUUUGGCUGUGGACCACGAGGCAGUAAGACCAGAUCUGGUGGUUCUGGGUAAAGCUCUGUCAGGAGGAGUGUAUCCCGUGUCUGCUGUUCUGUGUGAUGAUGAGGUGAUGUUGACCAUCAAACCCGGAGAACAUGGAUCCACGUAUGGAGGAAACCCUCUGGCCUGCCGCGUCGCCAUUGCUGCUCUGGAGGUUCUGGAGGAGGAGAAUCUGGCUGAGAAUGCUGAACGGAUGGGUCAGAUACUGCGAGCCGAACUCAACAAACUGCCCCGAGACAUCGUGAGCGGUGUGCGCGGGAAAGGCCUCCUUAACGCCAUCAUCAUCAACGAGACUAAAGAUUACGACGCCUGGCGUGUGUGUCUUCGGCUCCGUGACAACGGCCUCCUGGCAAAGCCCACGCAUGGUGACAUCAUCAGACUUGCUCCGCCCCUCAUUAUAAAAGAAGAUGAGGUCAGAGAGUGUGUGGACAUCAUCAGCAGGACCGUCAUGUCGUUUUAAAUCCACUCCAUCAUCAUCUGAGUUGUAAUUCUGUCUAAUUUUAGCCUGCUUUCAUGUUUUAGCUGUUACAGCCGUUCAGGUCAAACUCCAGCUCUCUCUCGUGGACUUUGAGUUUCACUUUCAACUCCGUUUUCAUUCUCAACUGAAAAUGAGACUCUUCAAUAACAGUUUCUCCUCAAACAGACAACGGUCUGUUUUAAUUCUGAUGAAGUAACAUGGGUCAUUUCUGAAGGCAGACGCUUCAGAUGAAAACGAAUGAAGGUCACAUUAUUAAUCGCUGCUGUUUAUUCACUCAUUUGAAGUGUUUUUAGAAAGUCUGACAUUUCGAUGUGGCCACUUGAAUAGAAAUUAGUUUUUCUCCGUGUGAUGAGAGAAUCGUGCACUUUAACGGCAGUCGUUAAUGUUUAAAAACUAAUGAUGUAAUCAUUCAGAGACGUGAGGAUUGUGUUCGUGUCUGAGUGUGUGUUUGCUGUAGAACGUUUAAUGAACGUUUAAUGAGUGAAUGUGAUCAGAUGAUGUUUUAUUUCCGUUCUUAAAUAAAUUUUCCGUCUGCUGAGA